GUAGAAAAUACAAAAGAAAAGGCAGUUAAAGCAAGUGAUGAAAAGGAGAGUGGUGAAAACGAGAAGAAAGAGGAUGUAAGUAGAUUGUAUAGUAUCAGACAUUGUGGUAAGGAAAAGAAGGAAAUUAAAAGGGAUGAAAAUAUAAUACUCACCUGCUACCAAAACACCAGUAAUAUGAACAAGGACGAAAAGCAAAUGCUUGAGCAGAAUUCAGAGUAUGUUAAAGGUAGAGAAUCAGUUAUAGAACCUAAAGUAGAAGAUGAAAAUAAAUUAGUAUUUGAUUGCAGAAAAUUAAUUAAAAGCAAAGCUCCAAUAUCUGAUAUAUAUUGUGGUGAAAUUGAUGCUAAAAAUAUACUUGUGGAAUCCGAUACCACAGUAUUUGAGUGGGAUACAAAAGUUGCUAAUGAUGUUGAGUCUUGUAGACAAACUAAUAUUGAGUAUAGUUACCAAAAGGGUAAAAAUAGUUCAAAUAUGAAUAAUGAAAAAGGAGAAACGUACAAUGAUGUAAUUAAGAAAGGAGAUGGAAACCUAAGAGAUAAAAUAGAAAUUAGAGGUGCAGAUAUAGUGUCUAAUAAAGGUAAAUCUGUCAAUUUAGGUGAGAAAGAUGUAGAGCUGGUUGGGAGUAUAGCUUCAAAGAAUGUAGCUAUAAUCUACUGUGAUAAUGAAAGUAUCUCAAUCGAUUCAGGUAAUAAUCAUAAUAUGGGCAUCGCUGAGGUUAACAGUGCUGAGAUUGAAAAUGCCAAUAGACUAUGCAAUGGACCUGAAGAGCGCAAAUAUCAUUGCAAGUAUAAAAUCUUCAUAAAGAAUUAUUGCAGAACUAGAGCUAGUGAUGUGGAUAAGGAUAAUGUUCUUGGUCGAUUGUUGAUGAAAUGA